AUGUCGCAAGCAGUACGCCGUAAUGGCACCACCUCAAGUCCGCAGACAAAGGCCUCUCCAGAAAGAGAAGCGUCGCGCGCACGGAGUAGACCUUCACCGUACAUGCUCCUGGUCUACCCUAUAAUAUUGACACUGGGUGUUCUCUUCUCCGUCCUCUCCCCUUCGGCCUCUCCAUCGACCUACUCCGCUCCCUUUACUCCCGGGGUCGCCUCCGACAUCAACACCCCCCAAACACCCCAGACGCUCAACUACUUCGCUGGCAAAGGAAACUUCCUCAAUCUCUACUUCGUCAAGAUUGGCUGGUUCUGGACUACUCUCGCCUUCGGUCUCCUCCAGCUCACCACCACCAACGAUCCAAAACAGCAACCUCCAUCAUCGCGCACAGGCUCGAAGAACAACAACUUCCUCCAAGCCCUCCUCCGCUACUCCCUCAUCACUCUCACAUGGAUCUUCACAACACAGUGGUUCUUCGGGCCGGCCCUCAUCGACCGCAGCUUCACGUCCACCGGCGGCCGCUGUGUCCCGCGCCACCACGGCAAAGUCGACUCGUUAGCUGAGGGGAUUGAGCUCUCCAGCGUCGCCACCCACCUCUCGUGCAAAGCCUUCGGCGGCAAAUGGCUCGGCGGACAUGAUAUCUCCGGCCACUUCUUCAUGCUCGUCCUCUCCUCCGCCUUCCUCUUUCUCGAGUUCUUCAUCUCCGAGACCCAGACACAGGCUGCGCAUCCGCACAUCUCGCCUGAGGCGGCCGCGAGGAUAGCGACGGAGACGACGGAGGAGGAGAAGAGAGCGGUGGGCGGCUGGGAGAGUGAAGCGGUGGUCAAGGCCCGGCUGUGGACUCAGUACUUUGUUUGGGCGGUUAUUGUGCUGGAUGCGUGGAUGCUGUUGAUGACGGCGAUUUGGUUUCAUACGUUGUUUGAGAAGGUGUCUGGUUUGGCUCUGGCGAGUCUGUGCGUGUGGGGCGUGUACUUUCUACCGAGGCUUUCACCGGAGUGGAGGAAGUUGGUGGGUGGGGUGUGA